CUAGAAGAUAACUCCGUCUUCUGUAACUCCAGUUCCCUGUGAAAAGAGAAAACGGAGUCGGAAGAAAAGCAUCACCAUUGGCUGCUUGAAUACACUGCCGUCCACAACUGUUAACAGCCAGACGGAUCGCGAGCCAUGGCCACAGACGUCCUUAGUCGAGCGCAGGCCCUGUCCUUCCUCGCCAAGAUCGGGAUGAAGGACGCUGAAAAACUCCUUCGGGAGGAACCGCGGAAAUUCCUCUCGGAUCUGAUGAAGGCCUAUCAAGCACACUUGCCUUUCCAGUGCCUGAGUCUGCUGGCCCAGCCUCUAGAGGAACGCCAUGUCCCAACGCAGGAGGAGAUCGUGGAGGCCGGGAUGAGCAUGGAGGGCGGACUCUGCUUCACCCUCAACACUUUCAUGUACCUCCUCCUCAGGGCUCUUGGUUUCAAGGUCGACGUUCUGGACGGAAGCUUCUCCUUAUCCUGCCACCCACACACGCACAUGGUGGUCCUUCUCCGCGAUCUCAGUGCUCCGGGAGACAAUUACAUCGUCGACAUCGGCGGUGGGUUUCCUUUCUUUGAGAUUAUCUCUGUGAAAGAUCUCCCAGUCACCCGGUACGAGGCCGGCCUGGAGUACCGGUACCAGCACCUCAACGGGUCGGUCGUCAGGCUGCAUCGCAUGACUCGUGAAGUCAGCGAGCGUGGACAGAUAGAAGUUGACGGAGACUGGACCCAGAUCUUUCACUUCGACCUGAACCCCGUCGAUGCAAACUUCAGCAGACCUUACAUGAAGAUGAUCUACGUCGAAGAGGGCGACUCCGACUUCCUCCGGAGUAUAAGGGCCGUGCGAUACCCCCCUGAAGCCGCUUUGAUUGAGGAAGGACUCCUGCCAGCACCGGGAGGCGAAGAGAGCGGGUCCUCUGCAGGCGACCGUCGUCAGGAAAAGGAAGGAGUGGAAGGAUCUCUCAAGGGCAAACCGACAAUGCUGGGCUUCAGGGACCAGACCCUCAUCGUAGGACCUAUGGACGCAGCCUCUAAGACGAAGGUGGAGGAGGACGUCUGGGCAGCCAGGAUAAAAGAAUGCUUCCCUACCAUUCCUUCAGCCAAGGUCGAUGUGGCGGUGCAGAAGGUGAUGGAGCUUGAGAGGCAAAAAAACAAUCCCGUGUAAAAGUGCAAAUAUAAUUCUUGUGGGCUUGAGUCACACUUUCGCAUUCCAACCAAUAAA